AUGCAUGAUUUGCGAAUGAUUCACACUGACCUGAAGCCUGAAAACAUUCUACUAGUGUCACCAGAGUAUGUCAAAGUUCCCGACUACAAGGUACUUUCCUUUCACAGACGCAUGAUUCCUUAUUGUUUGGGACAUGCUGCACCUUUUAUUCCCAGAAUGGUUUGCACCUCUCGUAUCUAUGAGAGCUCAUCUAGAUCUCCGGGUUCCUAUUUCAAGAGGGUUCCCAAAUCAAGUUCUAUAAAGGUUAUUGAUUUUGGAAGCACCACUUAUGAGCGAGAAGAUCAGAAUUACAUUGUAUCAACUCGUCAUUAUAGAGCUCCUGAAGUUAUCCUUGGACUUGGCUGGAGGUAUCCAUGUGAUAUUUGGAGUGCGGGAUGUAUAUUGGUUGAGUUAUGCACGGGCGAAGCUUUGUUUCAGACUCAUGAAAAUUUAGAACACCUUGCGAUGAUGGAAAGGGUACUUGGUCCAUUACCAGCGCACAUGUUGAAGAGAGUCGACCGACAUGCUGAGAAAUAUGUUAGAAGGGGUAGAUUACACUGGCCUGAGAGUGCGACCUCAAGGGAGAGUUUCAAAGCCGUAAUGAAGCUUCCUAGGCUACAGAACCUUAUAAUGCAGCACGUAGAUCAUUCAGCUGGCGAUCUCAUACAUCUCUUGCAGGGGUUGCUUAGAUUUGACCCUUCAGAAAGACUUACAGCCAAGGAAGCUCUUAGACAUUCCUUCUUUAUGAGAGAUCACUUCAGGAGACAAGUCUCUUUUUAA